AUGGAUGUGCACCGCGAAUUUCAGCAGUCUCCUGGAGAGCCGGAAUGCAAUUUACCAUGCACUGUUGUUGCACUCAUGUUAUGGUCGGACACUACACACCUGACAACAUUCGGCAACACAAAGCUAUGGCCAGUAUACAUGUAUUUUGGGAAGGCUCGCAACACUGUCAGCAGGUACCUGAAUUGGGAGGCAGAGGCAUUUACAUUGCCUUGGAUCGGCCUUUGCAGUGGCUUAUCUGUGAGCCUGCCGUUGUCACAAAACCUCCGGUAUCAUAUCGGCGUGGUUGCAAUGAAACAGCUCUACAUGGUAACACCAGUUGGACCUUGGAUGAAAGGUCGCAUUGUGAACACCUAUCGGUAUUCUUGGUGGAAGGGUUCAUUUGCAGACAUACCCGAUGAGGACCUGUUAGGCUCCUACCUGAAUUGCAUUGAACUGAAGGCAAUGAUCGCUGAGCAUUAUGAGCAAUUGCCCGAAGGAACAGGUUUGGUCACGCCGGCAACAUUGAUCAUCCCAAAGUCUACGCCUGUCGCUCAGCAAUUGUCCAACAUCGCCAGCGAGGUAGAGCAUGAAGGACGCCAGAUUGUCAAAAUGUUGGAAGAUAAGGUUAUAGAGGCACAAAUAGUGGCCGCCAGCCUCCUCCAGAUGGAGAGUGCGCUGGGUGAAGAUAUUAUGACAGCCAUUGCCGCGACAGAAAAACUGGUGAAAUUUCUGAAAAGGGAGACCAGUCCAUGA